AAAAAAUAAAAUGCGAAGCCAUUACGCUCAAAGCUCCUCUUCAGCUGCUGCGCCCCAUAGUCUUCAAGGAGCUUCUUCCUUACGCUCGACCCUUCUCCGCUUCCCAGAAUGUCUCUGGUGGCCAACGAGGAUUUUCAGCACAUUCUGCGUGUGUUGAACACCAACGUUGAUGGGAAGCAAAAGAUAAUGUUUGCACUGACCUCCAUCAAGGGUAUCGGUCGGCGAUUUGCCAACAUUGUCUGCAAGAAGGCUGAUGUUGACAUGAACAAGAGGGCUGGAGAACUAAGCGCUGCUGAGCUAGACAACCUCAUGACUAUCGUUGCAAACCCUCGCCAGUUUAAGAUCCCAGACUGGUUCUUGAACAGGCAGAAGGACUACAAGGAUGGCAAAUAUUCCCAGGUUGUCUCCAAUGCUCUUGACAUGAAGCUCAGGGAUGACCUUGAGCGCCUCAAGAAGAUCAGAAACCACCGUGGUCUGAGGCACUAUUGGGGGCUGAGGGUGCGUGGCCAGCACACCAAGACUACUGGCCGUCGGGGAAAGACUGUUGGUGUCUCCAAGAAGCGCUGAUGGAUGCCUUGUUUUGCUCUUUCUGUUGACUGGAGAAGGGGCUUUCGUGUUAAUUUCAUCACUACAAUGUUUUAUCUCGUAUAAAGAUUAUUUUUAUAUAUAUAUUUAGAAUCAAUAUCUUCAUGGAUUCGGGGCUUUGCCGUUUGUAUUGCUUUUGGGUCUGACCAUUGAGCAGCGUACCCGGUAGUCGAUUUCAACAA